AUGGCACGCCUCGGAACGAGCUUUCGCUUGGUCUCCGCUGUCUCCGCAGGGCUGUGGCACUUGCAGGCAGUCUCCAGCUUGUGCCAGGAGCGCUUCCGCUUGCCAGACCGUCCGCCGGCCCUGUGUGGCCGUGUGUGGAGACAUCUUCAUGGACAUCAUGGCACCGAUCAAGAAGCUCCCCGUGUGGGAGGCAGUGCGCUGAACCAGGGUCGCCAGCUGCACUCCCUCGGCGUCCCGGUGCGCUUCGUUGGGGCGGUCGGGAAAGAUGCCAUCGGCCACGCGCUCCUGGAGCAGGUCUCUGGGCAAGGUAGUCACGGAAUGCAUGUUCUCAUGCCGUUGCUUUGCUUGCUCCGUGCUAGGUGUGAUGCUGCGGGACCAUCCGUGCAGCUCCGUUGUGUUGACGAAAAUGCGGCGCGCAGCUCCGCAUAUGCGAUUGUGUGCAUCGUCCUGUCGGGCCCGGCAGAUCGCGCCUUUGUGAGCUGCUACAGCACCACGGACGCCUUCACUGAACGAGACCUUCAGGAGCAGGCUCACAAGCUGGAGGAUUGCACUCACUUUCACUUGGGCGGCUACUUCAACAUGAAAGGACCUUGCACCCGAAGCACCACUCCUUCGACUCCCCGUUUCGCACCGCAACGAAAUGCGACCGGUAGUGUUGAGCUGAGGGCUUGUUCCAACGGCCACUGGUGUGGAGAAGAUAACCACCUGGCAUCCUUCCUGGACCAUGUGGAUCUUUUGUUCGUGAACGCUUCGGAGGGUGAACACAUUUGCGCCGCCCUUUGCCCAGACUCCGACCGAUCCAUCUCAGCGCUGUGCAAACGCUACCCCGAGUUGAUGGUGGUGAUCACGCAAGGCUCCCACGGCUGCACGGCCUACCGGCACCAGAUGCCUGCGGUCUACGUGCCAGCCAAGCAAACCAGAGUCGUGGACACCACUGGCGCAGGGGACGCCUUCAUUGCGGGCUUUUUGUCUUCCUGGCUGCCGCACGCCGCGCCCAAGCGGUCCGAGGCAGAACAGAAGGCCAUUGUGGACGCCUGCAAGAAGGGUCAUGCCGUGGCCAGCGUGGUGCUGGGAAGAGAGGGUGCCUGUGUGGAACCAGUUCGCCCCAGAGCACCUGGGUUUGCAAAAAAACACCGGGCUUUUGGAUGA